AUGGACCAGUUGCCUCCUGGCGGCCGACCCGGCAGCGGCGGAUCAGGCGCAGGAAAGCUCUUCACCGAGCGCGGAGUGUACGGAUCUCCCGUGAGCAACGACUCCCCGAGUCCCGGAGCCGACGAGGGCAGGAGCUUCGGCUUCCGCUGCCGGUACCCGCCGGACGACUCCGACUCCGCGAGCUCCGACCUCGAGGAGGAGGCCGCUCGUGGCAGCGCCGCCUCGUCGGAGGAGGUGAGGACCCGCCACCGGUCCGGACGACAGCACGUGGGCCGCUCGGGCGAGAAGAUUCUUCCUGAGCCAACGCGUAUCAAACCUGGUGAAAGUCAGAAGCCACUACGUGGUGCGGUGGUUACCAUGCCGCGCAGUUAUGCGCCAAAAUCGUGGAGAACAGGGGGCUCUAGAGACCAAGAGGCCGCUCUGCAUCCUGGUGGAUCAGUGGGGCCCGGAGCUCCUUUGACAGCCGUCUUCCCACAACAGACCACUUCAAAGGCAUCCUCAAACAUUCUGGGCAAUCCGCUCUAUGACGGGCCACAGCCGACGCAGGCGCCAAUGUCAGCAAAGAGCCUGUUCAAGACGAAGCUCAAGACAACAGCACCAACAGCGCCUCUGCAGAUCAAGCGUGCUGACUUGCGCCCGAUUGUGUCACCUGAGCUGCAAGUGGAGGAGCGGCGUGAGCUGCUGGACAGAGAUGGGGAGCUGUGCCAUCCAACGGCAUCGCAGGGCUGGAAGGUCUACCCUGGGAUAGUCGCAGGGAAGGAUGCCAACGAGCUGAGCUGUGGCCUGCCUGUCCGACAACCCCUCUACGGCGACCAAGGCAUCCCUGAUCCCCCCAUGCCUGAUUACCUCAACCAAGAGGUCCCAGAGGUCCCCGAGCCCAGGGUGUCCUCUCGAUACCUCACCCAAGAGACUCCAGAACCUUUGCGCCUGGAGCCACUCGAACCCAGGGUGUCAUCUCGCUACCUUACCCAGGAGACUCCUGAGCCCCUGAGCCUGGACACCCUGUCACCCCGCAACGACGUGAUCAACAGCUCCUCCCCUGUGCACGAGGGCGAGCCAGAUGGAAGCUCGACAGAGACACGGGCUGAAAACAAGAGGAGCGAGCAGAGCGAGUCGUCCGCUGGGAAGGAGAAUCUGCAGUCAUCGGAGAGCUUUGCGUUUGACAAUCGGUUCAACAGGCUCGCGAAGCCGGGCCUGAUGACCGGCUCCGGUGGUCUGUUCCACGUUGGGAGGUCCAUGCGCCCCGAGGCAUCGACCACGGAGGGGUCUCGCCAACAGGCUAGGGAGGCUGAAAAACAGAAGCGCCCGUUGCAGAUCAACACUGGGGCGAUCAGCCAUGCGCUGAACCAGAACUGGCCAAAAGGUUUCCGCAAUCCAAGGUCUGAAGGCCAAACAGGCGGCAAGAGAGGGCUACGGAUCCCGAAGGCCUCCGACCUGCCCCAGCCCGAUGGGGCAUCAAUUGGCAUUGAUUGUGUUCUCGUUGGGCAGCAGCCGAUUCAGGCGACCCUAGACGCUGAAGGGUAUGUGGUGUCCAGAGUUCCCAGGCUUCCUGCCAGCUCUGGUCCUGUGCCGAGCAGGACGCGAAAGUUGGACACCAAAAGGCCUCAGUGCGCUGACGAGCGUGAGGCCAUGAAGAGCAAGGGCCAGCCGAAGCUGUCAGCCAAAGUGGAGCCAAGGACCGGCAGUCCGGAGAGCCCUCAGUCUCGAGGCUCGCUGCCGAGCGAGUCCAGCUGCAUGGAUUCUGAUGACACGUGUGCGACGCCAGAGUCUGUGUUCGGUGUGAAGUUGCACAGGAGUCGGGCGGGGCGCCACAAGGGCGAGAGCGAUGACUCCGCUGGCCAGCUUACCGAGGAGAGAAGGAGGAAGCGGCGCACCAAGCGGAGGCCGGGCCGGGACAAUGAGUACAGCGUGGUCCUGAAAAUCAACAUGCAGAGCCUGCUGGAGUUCUUCUUGCUGCUGAUCAUACUGGCCAUUGCCACACUUUGGUGCUUCACGGCCUCCAGGUGUGCUGGCGAGGGUCCCUGGCCGCUGAGCUGUGUGCCGUGGACGUCGAUGCUACCGCCUCCCAGUGCCUCGUGA